CGUCACUGUUUAUUAACGCCAUAUUUAGACUCUGAUCCUCACAAAGACUGAAAUAGGUUGUAUUUUCCCCCCUGCAUAUUCUUACAGUCGUUUUGAGCAACAAUUUACACACUGAUUUUUUUUCAACUAGACUAUUCUGACUUGUGAUAAUGGCUCAAAGUCCAUCUGGGAGUGCUGUAAAAGCUCUCCAACUUGAACUUAAAAAGAUCCAAGCAGAGCCAGUGGAAGGUUUUCGUGUCAAACUUGCCAACGAUGACAACAUAUUCGAAUGGGAAGUUGCAAUUUUCGGUCCACCAGGAACUUUAUAUGAAGGGGGUUACUUUAAGGUAACAUUUAUUAUACUUAAAUUUCUCCAUAAAAGAAAAAUAAUAUAUACUUAAUUUGUUACUGAUGAACCCAAAAACUUAAAAAUUCAGUCAAAGUCUAAGUUUAGACUAUGACAUACUAUGACUAAGUUACGUAUUAAAAUAAGUAAAAAGGUAUUUUAAUUUCGGUCUAACGGAAAUAUACUGAGCCUGCAGCCUACUCUACUUCUAGACCGCUGCUAUUUAUGACUAGGCUUCUAUAAUUAUCAUAAUUCUGUUGAGUGUUGUUGCUAUUGUAAUUGUAGUAAUAAGUAAUACAGUUAAACUACACAAUCAAUAUAAUGAUAAAUGGAGUGGUCAAUUAGUCCAUUCAUAAAAUUGAAUUGUAUUAAUAGCAGGGUUGUGCAAUUUACUGUUAUUACUUGUAGAAUAUUCCGUUGAAGAUAUCAGAUAAGUGAUUUUGGAGUCAUUUUGGCAAUGCGUGCCACUUUAAGUUUCUGUGUCGCCACUGAUGCCUGAAGUGAACCCUAAAACUAAAACCAUUUGAGAUGUGUUUGCGUGCUAGAGUUACACACUGUGUACUGUAUUGGACUGAGAGAAUUGUAUAUUUGAUUAAAUAGAUUAAAACAUGUUUUUGAAAUUUCAUAAAUAAUGAAAACCCAAUGAAUACACUUUUACACUCUUUAUCUCUGCCUUUCUUUAUUCUUGGGAAGUUAGCUUUUAUUUUUUUAAUAUUAAUAUGCCUAUGGAAUAUUUUUGAUUGAUGGCUUUUUAAAAUGAAUGGGUGGUUAAUUAUAAUAUUUAAAAGACUAUUUUGCUGGCAUUUUGGAACACGGAUUUUAAUUUUUUCUGACAUCUUUUGGAUUUUAUUUUUGUUGGAACCUGCAAUUUCCUGAGCUAUUACAAUUACACUGCUGCAUUAUAUCCCUAUUCGCAUUAUAGCAGGAUUUCACUGUAGACUAGUACUAGUAGCAGUAAAUACUGGUAUGCCAAGUCAUUGAAGUUCAUAGACAAAUAAGACCCUUUUAAAUAGUGAUAGUGAACUAGUCUUUAAUUUUUUUUCUCAUUGCCCCAUAUUAUAUGAAUCAAUAUCAGGCGGGUGUUGGAAAGAGUGCAAUGGGCCAUAAGCAUUAUACCAUACAAAAUGGGUUUAGCAUAAUGUUUCCUUAGUAAUAAUUGACAAAGUGUAAACAUAAUUUGGGAUAAAAAUAUAGCAACUUUAUUGUAUCCCUCAGAUAUAAUGCAGCAAAACCUGUGGACCUGCAGUCCCACCUUUCCCUUGUGUAGUGUCUGUGGGGGAGGUUACAUACUGCACAAUAAAAUUUUAGAGUAGACAUUCAGUUUCAUAGAUAUUCUGAUAUGCAUUUGAUUAAAAAUGUUGUCUAAUAAUGGCAUGUUAUCUGCAAAAAGGUGGACAUAAAUUUAAAAAAUAUCCAUGCCCAUUGAAACAAUAACAAAUUUGAGCCUGUAAAAACCUUAUUCACUCAGGGCUCAUUCCACGUUAUACAGCCACCGUGUAGAAUUUAGGCUGAUUUUAUUGGAAUAUAAUUGUAUAUAUAUUUUGUCAAGGCCUAAAUUAAUAGUUUAUGUAUUUUAUGUUUGAACCAUUAGGCUGAGUAGGCCUAUUUGAAUAAGUUUUGAUUAUUACUUUAAAUUUCUAGCGUGAUAUUUUAAAAAAAAUAAAUCUUUCCUUGAAGUUUCUUUUUAAAAUUAAUCAUAUAAGUAUUAAUAACACAUUGAUUCAAUCUCAAUAUUACUAUCUUUUUUUCAGGCACACAUGAAAUUCCCACCAGAUUAUCCUUAUUCACCACCAACUGUGAGAUUCAUUUCCAAAAUGUGGCAUCCAAAUGUUUAUGAGGUUAGGUCUCAUUAAAAAAAUGUGUCUUUUCCAAUAUAUAUUUUUUAAAAUUAAUCUUUGAGUGUAUUAAAUAGUAACUUUUACCAAUUGCAGUGACAACAUUUACCUUCUUAUAUCACAUGCUACAUAUCUCUCAUUAAGCUGUACCUUUCAGCUCUGAAUAACAGCAGUAGUAAUAAAUGAAUGGAAUGCUUACUAUUUUUAAGCUUUUGUGGGAGAAAAAAAGUAAUAUACUGAAGUAAAUGGCAAAUGAAUUGAAAUGAUUUUGCUUUUAGAAUGGUGAAGUGUGCAUCUCAAUCCUGCAUCCUCCAGUCGAUGACCCUCAAAGUGGUGAAUUACCUUCAGAACGCUGGAACCCCACACAAACUGUCAGGUAAUUUUGAGUGUUUCGCUCAAGCAUUCAGUAAAGUAAUUUGAUGAAAUAAAAAGGGUGUGUUAAUUUGAAAUGGUUUUGAAAGAAUAUAUUAAACAUUUUAUGCUUAUUUUUUUAAAAAAAUGUUUCCCCUCCUCAAAAUUUUGUUGAGGAUAAUUUUAUUUUUUAAAUUUUCCUCUACAGAACAAUUUUACUCAGUGUUAUUUCCUUGCUUAAUGAGCCAAACACCUUUUCCCCUGCAAAUGUUGAUGCUUCAGUAAUGUUUAGGAAAUGGAAGGAAUCAAAAGAGAAGGAGAAAGAAUAUGAAAAUAUCAUAAGGUAAAUUUUCUUAUCUUAAUUUGUAAUGAUUAAAUUAAUUUGUUAUAAAUGUAGUAGUAAAACUCUAAUAGUGUUAAAACAGCUAGCUACAUAAGCCUUCUUAACAAUGCGAGAAUAAGUGCUGUUAAAAUCACUGGCUUUUAUUUUAUAAUUAAUGGCAUUUUUUUUUUUAGUGUAUGUGACCAGUAGAGUUAAAUAAAUUGGACACAGCUUAUUGAAUACGUUUUCUUAACAAUGAGAGUAGUUGUUGGUUAACCCCAUUGGCGGAUGAUAAAGAUGUGUUGUUUUAUUUCCACUACAGAAAACAAGUUCAAGCAACAAAAGAAGAUGCAGCAAAAGACCAGGUUCGGGUACCCACAACAUUACAAGAGUAUUGUGUCUCAUCUAUACCAGCUCUUGACAACCAAGUGGAUGCUGAUUUUUAUGACGAUGAUUAUGUAGAUGAUCUGGAUGCUGAUGAACAGGAGAUGUACCAUGAGGAGGAUGAGGAGGAUUCAGGCAAUGAAGAGUCUUGAUGACAUCAUUAGUCUUCUUGUCUACUUCCUCUCAGUCCUGUGUACGUAGGCGAGUGGGCUGUGGGGGUCUAGGGAUAAGUUGUGAUUGCAUUGGUGGCUGCUAGUGCUGAUUUUAAAAAAAGGAGGCCAAAAAAUAGAUUUGGGGGGAGACAGUUACGUUGUAAGAGAGUUACACCCAGGUCUUAUUAAUUGUAUUUAAAAAUGUUUGUAGACAAAUCUGUAAAGUGCAUUUUCUUCAAAUGUCAAGUGUGUUUCAAUUUCUCAUCCUGUUUGACAACAACUAAGUGAUAAUAGGCAGAGUGCUUUUGGGUCAAGGGAACUGAUACACAUGUCUUCCAGUUGCAUGCCUGUCAAAACUAGCACACACCACAAGCCCACUUUUCUUCUUUACCCCCAAAGUCCUCGCCCUCUUCACAUUACCAUUGUGAUCACAUUUGAUGGCAUAUCCAACCACCUUCCUAAGGACAUCAUGAUGUAAAACAACAAAAAUCUUUCCUUGAAAUUAACCUUUUUUGAAUGGAGCUGAUAUAAACCCAUUUAUAAUAGCUGAAAUGUUUGAUUUAUUACAAACGAAAUUCUGCCAAAUUUCAGUUGAUUGUGCUUGAUAUAAGUUUGAAAUAAAAUCAUUGAGUUAAUUUUCAGAUAUUCCUAAAAGAGAGAUACAAUUCUGAGCCUACAUAUAGUAACAUGUAUAAUUUUUUUUUUUUUUUUAAAUUUAGCUUUUUACUUAUUUAUAGUUUUUCACAAGCAUAUUAAAGACAGCCUUACGGAACUUCUCAAUGAUGUCAAAAUCCAGUUAACAUAUUUUAAUCACCAUAUGAAUGGACUGAGGCAGGGAUAAUGUAUUUACCAUUCCUUCUAAAUGUUUUUAAUUUCUUUCUCUGCUUACAAAAGACGAAUAUCUCCACAGCUUAAAGGCUAGUUUGAUAUUUUGUAGGGAAAGGAUACAACUAAUAACCCUUAAUUAAAAAAAUAUAUAGUCAUUAAAGACCACUACUAUAGAACUAUGCAAGGGUUAUUACUUUAUAAGACAGAGACAAAAAUUUUCAAAAAGCUAUCGAAAUAAAAGUUUCAAAUAUUAUUUUUUAGUGUUCUUAUCCAAAAUGAAACAAAUUAAUGAUGGCUGUUCUGUAACCUUCUUUUAAUGCUAUUCCUUACACCAUACAUCCUUCAGCUGGUUUGCUCACACGCAUUUUUGGAUUUUAAAAACAAAACUUUUUGAUAGAUUAUGUGGGUCCUUUUUUAACUGUUCUUUUUUUCUGUUUUGCUUAAAAAAGUGGAAAGCCACCCCAAAAUUGUUUUUAAACAUUUUAGACAUUAAGUAAAGAAAUUUUAACAUGCUUGGAAGAUAUAGAUCUCUGAGAGUCCUUAACAAAUUAUUUUUGUUUUGAAAAUGAGCCCACCUUUAGUAAUAUACCGUAUAUCACAUAUGCUGUUUAACUAGUAACCACACUAUAUUUUAAUGCUACUUUUUUCACUUUCUUCUGUUAAAUUUAAGAGGGAAUUCAAAAAAAUUAGCAUGCAGUAACUUUGCUUCCUUAUUAGACAAAAAAAUCAACUGUCAAUUUUGCAGUGAGUGUUAUGUUACAAUAUAUAUGAUUAGUUGUUUGGUUCUUCUUUUUGGGGGUGGUGGGGGCUGUGAGGGAGGGAGGUAGUAGUAAAAUGACAAUGCACCAUUUCCCUACAUAUCCAGUGGUUGACAAUAAUUUUGUGUCGAGUCAAACUCAUCCUGGCAUCACCAUCCUAGUCUACUUUUUUGUCUUUUUCGUAGUCCAUCUCAUUAAGGCGGCAUAAUUUGUUAUUCUUUUCUUAGACAUCGACUCAUAUGGCACUUCAACAGUGCUUGACAAAGUGACUGACCUUGGCUUUUUGUAUUUUGAAGGAUGUGAAUUUUUUCAGAUAGUUAGGAAACCAUUUUGUUCACAAGUGCUGACCAGUAACAAGAGGGGACACUUCACUAAUUCACUGGUUAAUGUAUAAAGGGAUAUUGAGCGGUGAUAACUGGAGAAUUAAAUUAUCCAUAUUGAGAUUAGCUUUUUGCCAGAUGGGCUUGAUUUGAUAGCCUUAAUAAUUGGACAAUUUUUUUAUUUUUUUUAAGGGUGUAUAAAUGAAGGCAGUUUUUUUCCUCGCAUAUCAUGCCAUUCAUACAGAUGUACAAAUGUCACAUCAGGACAUAUGAAAAAUUCUGUACAUGUCCUGCUUUUGGUUCUAUGGUUCUGGUUUUAUUUUUGUCAACUGAGAGCAUGUUAAAAGAAGUCCCGUUCCUAGUGCUGG